AUGGCAAAGAAGAAGUCUAAGAAAGCUACCUCAAAGGUUAAGAAAGGUUAUCAUCAGAAGAAGGAUGGCCCUUCAGAUAAGGGAAGUACUACUGAGGUGUGUUCAUGAGGAAGGUGUGAAACAACUUGACUAUUCUAAUCUAUAUCCAGGAAUCCACUAUCAUCAGUGACGCAGAUAUUCAGAAUGCUCUUUCGAAUUUGACUUUGCAGCCCGAUGGUGAGUCCAAUGAGUCUUCAUGCUUUCAACUCUUCUCGUCGCAGUCUUAAACUAACAGGACAAAGUUUCAGUACCUGUAACUGGCACGUCAAGUCACGCCUCCAAACAAGCUGAAUCAUCUCAAAAUUCUUCCUCUGAGACGGCCAACACAGCUGGUGUCCAAGAAAAGAAGCCAACAGCAGCUCCACCUUGCGCAGCCGAGGCAGGACACGGCUCUAACCACUCGACUCGAAGUCGUAGGUCUUCCUCUGGGACUCUCUCCCAUAUAAUAUUUCUAUUUGCGCUCCACACAUCCACUAACAAUAUCCCCAGAAACCAAAGGAAAAGAAAAAGAAAAAGAAACCCCCAAAAAUCCCAAAACCCAUCACAACGAAGAAAUCAACGAAAACCUCCUCAACGCACUAAUCGCCAUACAACUCCAAUCCGGAAUCCAAUCCAAACUAGAAAAUUCCAUCAAGGGGCUAAACGAAGUAAUGAAAGAAAUAACCGAUGCAAAAAUACCUGUAUUCAAUUUCCAGGGUGCAUCGACUUCGAGACCUUCGGUCGACCAAUUAGAGAAAGAGCUCCAUAUGGAUCAACUGCGAGUAAUGUGUCGGGAAUACGAGGAGGCGAGUGAGAAGAGCAUUGCAGAGAUACAUAAGAGGAAUCAUGAGGUGCUUUGCAAAUUUGGAAAAUGGAGAGCUGAGUUGAUUUUGGAGGCUGAGAAGUUUGAUGAGAUGGGACGAAUUUUCGUGUUGGUUGAUUGA